GACACUGACGGGAGCUCCUCUGCGGCUCAGCAGCCGCCUCCUCUGUCCUCUGUGUUUCUCUCUCCUCUCACUCAUCUCUCUCUCUCCUCUUCUUCCGCUUCGUCGUCGUCUCCCUGUGAGGCGGCACAGGCAGCGGGAUAAGCGAGAGCCCUCGGCGGCGGCGGUAGAGGAGGAGGAGGUGGGACGAGAUGCGGGGUCCGGGGUUGAGCGCAGAAAAGGCGGCCUCCACAGUCACCCACGAUACACGCAUGUCCACACUGUAGUAGAACACACAACACACGUCUACACUGUAGUAGAACAUACAACACACGUCUACACUGUAGUACAACAUACAGCACAUGUCUAUACUGUAGUAGAACACACGUCUACACUGUAGUAGAACAUACAACACAUGUCUACACUGUAGUAGAACACACGUCUACACUGUAGUACAACAUAAAACACGUCUACACUGUAGUACAACAUACAACGCAUGUCUACACUGUAGUAGAACACACGUCUACACUAGUAGAACAUACAACACAUGUCUACACUGCAGUAGAACACGUCUACACUGUAGUAGAACAUUCAACACACGUCUACACUGUAGUAGAACAUACAACACAUGUCUACACUGUAGUACAACACACGUCCACACUGUAGUAGAACACACGUCUACACUGUAGUACAAUACAUGUCUACACUGUAGUACAACAUACAACACACGUCUACACUGUAGUACAACAUACAACACACUCACUAUACCCACUACUAUAGUACAUGCUAUACACGCUAUACCCACUACUAUAAUAUACACGUGCAUACUGAAAAAUAGCUUGCGCACAUAGCAUACCCAUUACACGUGGACUCUAGGACAUUUAAUAAAGUACACUGCAGGGCAUUAUACACACUGUUCACAAUUAAACGCUGGUAUUCACGUACACAUAGCAAACAUUACACAGAGUACGCACAUGCGAAUUACUUAUACACAUUUCAGCAUCCACAUUACACACGCACGCUAUACAACUUCCAAACACUAAACACAAUACACGAACAUUCUACACCCAUAAUAUACAUUCUACACACCCGAUAGUCCACAUAUACAAGUACAUUAUAAGCUACAAUACUCACAAUAGUGUAGAGAACCUAGACGACACUACAGUAUACACACACAUCCUGUAUUCAUACUAUAGCAGACCUAACCCACAUGAUAUAAACAUUGCCAGAGAUACAAUACGUAGUUAACAUUACACCUAGAUACUAUAGUGCACAUACAAUAUUAUCUAUACUCUAUAAUAUAAAUAGACUGCAGUAUACACAGAAUAUAGUGGUAGUACACAGACAAUUUCGCACUCGUUUAUUCCCGCACUAACAGUCUGUAGUAACUACAUACAAUCUAUAGUGAACUACAUUAUUCAAGCUAUACGGAUUCGUUUACAUACACUGGCUUAAUAUAAUACACAGACAAUGAUGCCAAUACGUUCGUGCUAGAUACACAGAUACGAUACACGAUACGAUACACGCUUAGAACCACCACUAGCCCACAAUAAACACGACAGCCACCACGAAUAUAAAUAUACUACAGUCGACGGCAACUACACAGGGCACAUAAGAACCACGUUAUAAAGGAGAAGACACGUUCUCGAUGGAGGCACAUUAAUCACGUAAUAAUGUCCACGAUCAUCAUCAACAGCAUCAUCGUCGCUUGGUUCAAGGACUCAGAUUCCUGAGUAAUCCCUGUUCGAGCUCUAGGGGGGGCUGGGAACCUCCACAUUGAAAGCUCAUCGUCGUCACCCUCCUUCCUUUUGUGUUUAUUUGAUUUGGAGUUAUUUCUUUAUUUCUUACUCCGUUUCCCCAGGACGAAAGGGGGCGGCAGGCAGGCAGGCUUAGCAAGCGGGGGGCAGACUUUGCAACACACACACAAAAAAGGGAGAGCGAACGAGCCCGGCAAAAAAUCUGUGGAGGACACUUUAAUAGCACACUUGGGAAGCAACACAACACACGUACAACACAACACACACACGUACAAUCUUACAUGUAGAAGAAUAGGAGAAAGAAGGGCGACGUUUCGCGAAAGGUGCCCGGAGAAGUUUCGUAGAAUAUAAGAAGCUAAGAUAGGGCCCACACCACCACCACCACCACCCACACAGCAACGAUGACUUCGGCGCCGAAAUUUAAGAAGGAAAAGGACAUCAUGGCAGACUUUGAGAUGCAAGUCAAAGAGAUCCGCCUGCAGCUGGUCGAGCAGCUCAAGUGCCUGGAGCAGCAGACAGAGCUGCGGCAGCAGCUGCUGCAGGACUUCCAGGACUUCUUCCGUCGCCGCUCGGAGCUGGAGUUGGAGUACGCGCGGGGCCUGGACCGCCUGGCCGAGCGCUUCCUUGGCCGCGCCCGCGCCGCUCGCGAUCAUCCCCAACUCAGGCGCGAGCAGAGCGUGCUGUCACCUGUCAACUGCUGGUACCUGCUGCUGAACCAGACGCGGCGUGAGAGCCGAGACCACUCGGCCAUCAGCGACAUCUACAUCAACAACCUGGUCCUGCGCUUCAGCCAGAUAGGGGAAGAUUCCACGCGGCUGCUCAAGAAGAGCCGGGAGAUUGGCCAGCAAGUGCAAGAAGAGGUCCUGAAAGUGUUCACAGAUGUCAGCACGGCAAUGAAGACGUACCACAUGUACAACACGGAGAGCAUGAGCGCGGCGGGGAAGCUUCGCGAGGCUGAGCGCCAGGAAGAGAAGCAGAUGGGGAAGACGGGCGACACCGGCGCCAUCGGCCUGGGGCUGGCACGGCCCGAUGAGCGUGGGGCACGGCGCAGCUCCGUGCGCAAGAUUGAGAAGCUCAAGGAGAAGCGUCAGCAGAAGUACGCCGAGUGUAAGCUGAAGGCCACCAAGGCACGGAACGAGUACCUCCUCCACCUGGAGGCCACCAACUCGGCUCUGCACAAGUACUACGUGUACGACCUCUCCGACCUCAUCGACUGCUGUGACCUGGGCUACCACGCGUGCCUCGCCCGCGCCCUCAAGACGUACGUUUCGGCCGAGCUGGGCCUGGAGGCAUCGCGACACGCGGGUCUGGGCGCCGUGGAGCGCGCGGUGGAGGCCCUCGAUCCGCGCAGCGACAAGGCUCGCCUCAUGGAGAGCUACGACACCCUCUUCUGCCGCCCGUUGCGUUUCGACUUCCAGCCGCACAUGGGGGACGAGACGAGUCAGAUAUGCGCUCAGUCGCCUCUGCAGUUUGAGCUCCUGCAGCGGUGUCAGCAGCUCAAGUGCCGCCUGGCGACGCUCCAGAUCGAGAAGGAGGAGAUCAAGAAGACGCAGGAGGCCACGCUGCAGGCCCUGAUGGACAUGCUCACGGCCGAGGACUACGACGUAUCGGAGGCCUUCAAGCACGGCCAGUCGACAGAGUCGCUGCGUGCCCCCGCGCCCUCCGAGGCCUACAUGUGCAAGUACAACGUGGCCAAGCGUCGCGCCAACCAGCAGGAGACGGAGUCCUUCUACUUCUCUAAAUUCAAAGAGUACAUGGACAGGAGCAGCCUCAUCAACAAGCUGCAAACGAAGCAUGACCUACUGCAGAAAGGACUGGAUGAAAGUGAGAAGGCAGAAUGUAUGAACACUGGGCCAACUUCUGCCUCCAACACAGUGCAGAAAUUCAGGAAGCCUAGGCCGCGCUCAGUGUUUAACGUAAAACUGUUUAACGGUGAUUUGGAAACGUACAUACAGGAUUCAGGCCAGGCGAUCCCCAUCGUUGUGGAAAGCUGCAUCCGCUUCAUUAACCUUUACGGAUUACAGCAUCAAGGGAUAUUUAGAGUACCUGGCUCUCAAGUGGAAGUGAACGAGAUAAAGGCAUCAUUUGAAAGCGGAGACGAUCCAUUGGAGGACGAACAGAGCAGUCGCGACAUCAACUCCGUUGCCGGGGUGCUCAAGCUCUACUUCCGCGGCAUGAAGACGCCGCUUUUCCCGAAGGAGAAGUUCCACGACCUCAUCUCCUGCGUCCAAAUCGAAAGCUCGUCGGAGCGAGCUGCCGGGAUCCGCAAAGUCAUUCAGACCCUGCCGCCUCCCGUCGUCGUGGUCAUGAGAUACCUAUUCGCAUUUCUCAACCACCUCUCCCACUACAGCGACGAGAACAUGAUGGAUCCCUACAACCUGGCCGUGUGCUUUGGCCCCACGCUCAUGCAAGCGCCCGACGACCAAGACUUGGUGUCGUCUCAGACGCACGUCAACGAGGUCAUGAAGAGCGUCAUCCAGCAGCACGAGUUCAUCUUCCCCGGGCAGCGCGACCUCCCGGGUCCCAUCUACGAGAAGUGCAUGACGGGCGAAGAUUACUGUGAUGGGCUGCCCUGUGGCUCCACGCUGCCGGAGGAGGUGGACGUUGACACUGGCACAGAGCCUCGCUCCAGCGAUGAUGAGUCUGAGCCGAUCGAGGCUAUUGCCAAGUUUGACUAUGUGGGGCGAUCGGCGCGCGAGCUCAGCUUCAAGAAGGGCUCGUCGCUGCUCCUGUACCAGCGCGCGUCCGAAGACUGGUGGGAGGGGCGGCACAACGGCGUGGACGGCCUCAUCCCACACCAGUACAUCGUGGUGCAGGACACUGAAGACACGCUGUCCGACAGCUUGAGCCAGAAGGGAGACAGCGAGGCGAGCAGCGGCCCCCUCCUGGAUGAGAAGACGUCCUCCAAGCACGACAUUCACUCCCCCACCGAGCAGCUGCACGAGCCGCAGUUUGAACGGCAUCGGUUGCGCGCGGAGGGCGCGGCGCUGAACAUGCGCGACCCGGCCCGGCGUAGCAGCGACGGCCGCAGCCCCGUGCGUGGCCCGCCCCCUCCGUCCGCGGACGCCACCCCGUCACGGCCGCCCUCCUCCGCGGCGAGCCCUCACCACCACCCCUCGCACCUGCCCCACCACCAGCACCACCUGCAGCAGCCGAGGGUGGGCAGCGUGCGGGCGGCCGUGGCGGCGGCCACGCAGGCGCAAGGCAGCCCGGAGCGGAGGAGGUUGGGCAGCACGGGUAGCGGUGGUGGUGGCGGUGGCGGCGGCGGCAGUGGCGUUGUGGGUGGUGGAUUCCCGCAGAGAUUGGCCGCGCCGCCCGAAAGCCCCACGGGGAGAAGUUCAACGUCAUCGAGUCGACACAGCAGCCUCGACGAGCCCAAGAUCACUCACGCCGAGGAGAUGGACGACUCUGUGAACUCGGCGCUCAGCGACCUCCGUGAGCUGCAGAGGCAGAGCUCGGCACGGCACACGCCAGAUGUGGUACUGGACACGUUGGAUACUCUGAAACCACCGCCAGGCCCCGCGGCACCCAUCCCUGGCAGCCCCUCGCACCGCCUCGGCGUUCCCGCAGCCCCGCCGGGGCCAUCCGUACGCCGCAGCGCGAGCAGCGCCAGCGAGAUCAUGACCACCUUCCGCCCGCUCCUGGAAGCAAAACUGAGCUCGCAGUUGAAGUCUCAACAGCAGCAACAGCAGCAGCAGCUGGGAGCAAGGCCGAGGCAGGGAGGCGGGGCUGCAGGGCAGCCAAGGCCAGCGGCGCCUGGCACGCCCGACAAGUCGUGCACUAUGUGAGGCGCGCCGAUUGUCUCAUGCGCGCCUCUAAUCGGUGCAUUGGUACGUGCAGCCACCGCCGGCGGAUAGCCAUGGAGUUGUCGGUGCAUCAUGUACUAUUGUAACAACGUGCCGUGUUGUUGAUAUAGGUGCCGCUCACCACCGGUGAAAAGCACAUUGUUCCUUCCUGUACGGCUUCACUUGAUGCGUCCUCUGUUUCCUGUCAUUGUCACCGCCUCCUCCUGCCUUUUCCGUAGUCGUAAAUCCCAGUGUAUUCCUUUCAGUCAGUCCUUAAAAACCGCACCCAUGGGACCAUAUUAUACUAAAUCAAGGUGAACUAAAAUAUCACGAAUAUUCUCUUCAGUUUUGAGUGAAAUAUCCCACUGGAACAUAAAAUUACAAUCCACCAAUUUGGAUGUACAUUUGAGGAUUAAAUGAGCACAAUAUUAUUAAUGCAUAACAUUGCCAAAAUACCCGUACUACAUGGUUGCAUCUGGUUGCCAAUUCUGCUAAAGGGUCUGCAUUGAGCCACACGUUGUCACAUGUGGAUUGCGCACGUAUGGACCCCGCUUCAGCUUGCAAUCUCGCUCCACAUAAUGUGGCCCUAAUAGGUCACACAUUGAUAAGACUCGCGAAAAAAGCCGAAUACACAUUGUGAGCUGUUUGCCAGAGUCCAAGUUUUUGUUUUGCAAGAUCCUUAGUGAAGUUGUGGCUUUCGUUUAAUAGCUUUGCAAAAUCACACGGGAACUUCGUGUUCUCUUGCGAUAGGAAACGAAAAGUUGUUAAGCACUUGAUGGAUAUGACCCUUGUCGUCCACAGAGAGAUAGGGUUGCUCUUUAAAGCUUUGUCUACCUUUUCACACUUGUGCUUGUUGGUUUUCCGUCUACCUGGCUUGUAUGUGGAGCUUAAAAUACUCGUAAUGCAGUAUUUCUUAGACAUUUUAAAUGUUUACAGAACGGAAUAUUUACCUAUAAAAGACAUUGCAUUGUUUGCUAGAAUUAUCCUAUCGUCACUUAUGAAAAACGUUAUUGUGACCAUCAUAGAUGUAUUUAAAUGUUCAUUCUCUUAAUGUUUAUGUAUAGCAGUAAAUAGUAUCAAACACCUGACUUAAGAAUAAACAAUAUUAUCCAGGUGAAGGCUUCUCCACUUAACAUACCAUCUUAAAAAUAUCUUAAAGAAAACCAUUCACAUCCUGCACGUUUACAUUUCGAGAAUCGAGACAAAUGUACCGACAAUAUUUUUGUGGAAAAAUUAAAUGCACUUAAUAAUCCACUCCGUUUAAACCUGCCUUGUGCGACAGUACUCUUGUUCGAUUAUAACCAAUUUUUUGUAUUUAAUUAACAUUUAAUAAACACAUUUCGUGGUAGAAAUAAGCAUUGUCAAUUAUUAAGGUGAUUGGGUUGGGGGGGUGGGGUAAAUACCAGUUAUUUUAUUAUUUAAAGACAUUUUCAUUACGGAGGUUGCCACAUCAAAAAAUAAUUUUCGUUAUAAUAAUUUUUUUAUUUAGCCAGUACAUUCUCAAGACUUGGAUUUCAGAAGGUCCUUGCUUUGGCACGUUUGACCAAGUUAAAGAUUGACGUGGUUGUUCGUCUGCAUAUGGCCAAGCGUGCCGUCGGAAGGUGGGGGGGGGCGGACCUGCAGCUGGACUGCAAUAUUGAGAGCUGUAACCACGAGCAAUUCCAGUUGGGCGAGUGGCUCGGCUUGCAAUUGCAUCGGUUGACCACGGAAAAACACCACUAGGCUCACUGAUACGUCACAGUCAUGCAGAAACAUCACAGCCUGAGCCUGUCUGUUGAAGUUAAUGGCGUUUGUACUGUAUAGUGUAUCGCACACUUUGUUGAAACGUUGUUUAAACUGAGCGAUGACCAGUUUUAGUACCAUUAGGACACAGCGGUUGUGUUCAGCCACAGAAAUGCUAUUUUGUUUUGAAUAUAAUUUGUUAAUUUUUUUCUUGCAUGUUUGUAUUGUUUAUCAGAAUAUGGAGGGUGCGAACUCUGUACGUUUGUAUUGAAUCGUUAAUUUCAAACUUUCUGUAAGUUACAAAUGUGCUUUUGUGCGAGAGCAUUUGGAAAGCCGACACAUUGCCAAUUUGUUUCGUUACCCUAUGCUAUUAUUGACUACUGGCCUCUAUCAAACGCUGUAAGAUUCAAUCGCACGUGCCUACACCUUACACUUUAUGCAGCGAGGCUAUGGAAUUAUAGCGUGAUGGUGUACAUUUUCAAAUCGUACUAUCGUACCGCACUGCCUGUUCUAACGUUGACAUUAAAUGAUGGAUAGGUUAAACUACUGAUUGUUUACUGCAGUAUCAAGUCCAGUGCUAUCUCCACCGUAAAACCCAACUUGUUGACUUUAAAACCCUCACUAUUUACGUAGUUAAUGCUAGUACUUUCUACCAAAGCUCCACGUAAUAAAUUAUCGUCAUCUAUAUUUGUGGGGGAGGGGUUUGGCGAGUGCGUUUCACCUGCUUCUCCAUCAUUUUGACGUACAAAACAAUGGACACACGGCGUGCCCGCAAAUGCGGUUGUGCGUGUUGAAGUCUUAAAGAGUAUCAUCAUUACUGGAGCUCAAGUUUCAAGCCAUUCCCACCGCAAUGCGUGUCGCCAACAGAGUGCGGGAGCCGUAGUCAGCGAAAGCACCAGGGCAUUGCCCCCGUGGGUCCGUUGCUCGCUGGGACAAGCGGUGAGCCACAGAUGUUUCAUCGUAUGCACAGAGAUGUAAAAUUAAUUUUCGCGACAGGGGGUGGAGUGUGGGGGGGGGGUAUUUAUGAACCUCUGCGGCGGAAGUUUCUCUUCCGACACCACUCGCCUUUGAGCACUGAGACUGUCGAUGCUAAAUGUUGGCACAAUGGGACCAGAAAUAAUCGAUUGUUCGUGCCAAGAGGAACAAGAAAAACAGAGGGACCAUAGAAAUGUACACCGGUUUUGCUUACCUUUUGUAAGGCAAAUGAUUCGAAGAUUCUUAAGAAUGUCGAAUGUUAAAUAAUUCUAAAUGUACAAUAUAUCGUAACUGAAGCAAUUUAAUGGAGGUGUACCCAUAGAUAUUCCGUUUGCAUCACGAUGUAUUAAGUGCAUAUACUUCGGGCAUUUGGUGUUACUAUUGUAUCAAUGUAGCCAACAGUUUCGGUGCAACACGAUCCUACUGUAGGAAUUCUUGGUUAAAUAUUAAGCCCUCGCCUUGUCUGCAGGUGUUGUUCGCUGUGGGGAGGGGCCUGCAAUGUGGCUGUGUGUAUGGUACCUGCGUGAACUAGACUUGGUCAAGUGGAAGCCCACGUGUUUUUUGCAAUUGAAAUAUCAUUACCGAUGUCUCGGGCUUAAGCAGAGGGGGGCAUUGAAAAAAAACAUGCAUUUCAGGGUGUAAAAACGUUUGCAUCCAAGCUUGCAUACAAAAUGAUUGUCCCGCAUUGCCAGUGUGUACAGACAUUAUGGCAUGUUAAAUGUACCAUUUCCACAGGCAGCCGAUUUCAUUGUAGGAUUUUAGUCAUGUAUGCCUCUACCAUGCCCUUUCCACUUUCACGGCUGAAAAUGCACCCCCCCCCACCCGAAAUACCUGUUGUGGUGCUCGAGUGUGUGAAGAGUUGAACAUGAUCAACAUCUGUAGCUGGAACAUACGCCAACGUCUGACAAAGGGCACUGUUUUGUAAACCAAUAUGAUAUACCCAAACACCCCACGAUUCUUAGCCAUGCGCUUUGUAAAAGCGUAUGUGGUUGAAUAUAAGGUAUAAGCUGUAUAUAUGUUUAGUUACACUUGGUUUACCUUUGGCUACGGUGAAAAGGCAUGACUUCAGAUGGUUUCUGUAAAGUAUUAUUUUCUUUGUUGGUCAUCAAGAGUACGUGCAGUGCUUAAGAUGUCACAAAUCUGUGUUGAGUGUUACGUUCUAAUGAUUUUUUGCAGCUAGCCAUUUAACCUGGGGGUUUUUUUGUUCUGUUUUCUUUAUUCAUGGAGAUGUUUGUUCAUUAUUAAUGAUAGCAGUCAAUCACAGUAGCAGAAAUGUCCUUUCCAUUGUUAAUAAUGGAUGCUGUGUUGGUGUUGCAAGUGCUGUGGUUGCGGUUUGGUAAAUCGAGACGGGUGACGAUUAGCAGAGUGACCAGCAUUCCCUAAUUAGACGUGCGACAUAGCAAGCCAAAUUGGCUUGCUAUGUGUAAUUAUUUCUGCAUGGGUGGGUUAGAAACUGUGUUUAUGCACUGUCUGAUACAUACACUGAGUGCAAACAUCACCAACACAAACCUUUGCAUCGUAUGGCAACAGUGUAAAUAAAAUAAUGCAAUACUA